AUGGAAGUCUCAAAUGAAACCAGAAUAAGAGAAUUUAUUUUUACCGGGCUGGCCAACAGUCGCAUACAAGGCUUUAUCUUCUUCGUAUUAUUUUUCUUUGUGUAUGUGAUAACAGUGGUGGGGAACAGCGGCAUGGUGGCUCUGGUCUGUAACACUUCUCAACUCCAGACCCCCAUGUACUGCUUCCUUGGCUGUCUCUCCAUGGUGGACCUCUGCUACUCCUCUGUCAUUGCCCCUAAAAUGCUGGCCGACCUUGUAUCCAGAGUCAAGUCCAUAUCAUUCAUUGGCUGCGCUCUUCAGUUCUUCUUCUUUGCGGCCUUGGCUGCAACUGAGUCCCUGCUCCUCUCAUGCAUGUCGUAUGAUCGAUAUGUGGCCAUAUGCCGCCCCCUCCACUAUAGCUUGAUCAUGACAGAGAAGAAGUCCAUUGGGCUAAUCCUCACUGCCACUUCUAUUGGAUUCUCUCAGUCAUCUGUGCAGACUGUUUGUAUAUUCAGCCUGAGGUACUGUGGUUGGAACCAGAUAGACCAUUUCUAUUGUGAGGUUCCACCUCUGCUGAAGCUCUCCUGUUCUGAUACUUUUUCUUGUGACUUGGUCACCAUUUUCUUCUUCUGCUCUUUUGGCAUGGCGUCCAUGAUGAUAAUUGUUGUAUCUUAUUUAUUAAUAGUCUCAUCCAUCUUGGGGAUAAAUUCAACUACAGGCAGAAGGAAAGCAUUUAGCACUUGUUCUUCUCACCUUACAUGUGUAUGUAUCUUCUAUGGGACAACACUGUUUAUCUACCUGCGCCCUCCAUCCAGAAGUUUUGAUAAAAAGGACAAAGUGGCCUCUGUCUUCUACACAAUGGUCAUUCCGAUGCUUAAUCCCCUUAUAUAUAGCUUAAGGAACCAGGAGGUAAUGAAAGCCCUUAAAACAUCCAUCAGAUGUUCAAGUUCUCUAUAA